UCCAGCCCGUGACAGCCCCAUACGGAGUUCUGCCGCUUCGGUCGGUGUGAAUGCUGCGGUACCUGUAUGUGCGCGAGCCCGGAUCCGUCCGGGGAGCUGCUGUCAAACAUUCGCUCCAGAUACACGGACCAUAAGCCAACGUUGGUCAUACAGGCUCCGCCUCAGUCCUCAGGCACCCUGGCUUCGCCUUGGUCCGUCAACCUAUCGGCUCCACCAUGGCACCUCCCUCGGCUCCACCAGAUACCAUUGUCCUUACAGCUCCACCAAGUUCCCUCAUCCCUCCGGCUUUGCCUUGGUCAGACGCCACUCUGCUUGUGCCAUGGACUUACGAGCCAUCUACUGCGCUCCGUCUCUUCACCCCUUUGGCUCCAUCUGGCUCAGCCUUUCCUUCCGGCUCUGCGUUGGUCCUCAGUUGCACCGGCUCCGCCUCAGUCCUCAGGCACCCUGGCUCUACUUUGGACGCUCGUCACUGAGGCUCAGCCUUCAGCCUCCAGGACCAUUGGGGUCAGCUGGUCCCAUCUGCUCUCCGUCUGCGCCCAGGGCUCCACCUCCAUCGACUUCAUCUACGUCAGUCGUCCCCUGGGCGUUGUUGGCAAAGUCGCCACCAUGGCUCCUUCCUCAGUCGACUCCACUGUGGACUUUCAUCCUGGCUGUGCUCUGGAUCACCACCUGGCUACUCCCGUUCCUGGCUCCUCCCACCAUCGGCACCGCCUUGUUUUCUCCUGCCACCAUCGUCUCUAGUCUCCAGCCCUUCGCUGGCCCCUUGUCCUCCUCCAGAACCCCUGCCCUCCCUCCUCAGUUGGACUUUUAUGGCUUUCUGUCACAGUUAUGCUCAGUAUGGUUUCAUUUUCAUUGUAUUCAGUUCCUGUUGUGUCUGUCUUAUGUGUUAUCUUGUGUUAUCUAGUUAGUUUUCCUUUGAUCUCCAUUACCCGCCACUGGUGUUAAAUGUGUAGUAAGCACACUGUUUUGUGGAUUAUAUCUCUGUGGAUAACCUGUAUUUAGAAUGUCACAAUAGUAGGUGAAAAACAGUAUGUGAGUCAUUAGUGUAGUAAGCAAGUGUCCUUACUGUCCUUACCGGUGCCUGAAUUUGUGUGCACAAUAUACUGAUAUACUGGGAAAAGAAGGGUUAUGAUCAGGUAAGAUCGUUAGGACCCACAUUCAUAUUAGAAAAGCUUUCCAGUGCUGGAGAGACCCAAGCAGGAAGGCCUGAACACUGGUUUUGAGUGUCAUUGUUUGUCUAGAGCUGGUGUGCUGCUGGCAACUGCGUGUAUAUACUUUUGUGUACUGUAUGUUCAUUUUUUGUGUUUCCUCGUAGUUUGUUCAUCUUCGCUUUAUUUUUGCGAAGCUUUAUUUUGCUUUGCUUCUGCUAUGAUAAAGAGACAUCCAAUCUUGCAUUGUGUGUUUGUGCAUUUUGGGGGCGGAGCAAUGAACCUCCUCUGUGGCAUGUGCUUUCAUCAAAGCUCCUUCUGAAAAGCACAGUGUGCUCUGAUUGGUCGGCUGGAGCAGUGUGUUGUGAUUGGUGUUUGGGAAAUGUCCCGCCCCUUACCAUAACCGCCAGUUUCAACACACUACUAACUAACUCAACCAGGCCCCGCCCCUUUAUUCUGCGUAUGAAUUAUUUAAAUGAGGAAUAUUGUAAGAAAACUUUUCAUGAAACCUUGUGAACAGAGUAUUAGGCCAAUCAUAGAAAGAUGGAGGCACUCACUCCUCUCACAUGACUUUUACCUAUUCAUUCUCAUUUACUCCCCACCAAACCCAUGCCACACAUGAGGUCAGAGUUCAUCAACCCUGUUUUAAGGGGGUUUAUUGAAACGCAGUUGUCUCAAUGACUUCCACUGCUGGUGUCACUGCUGGACAGUCUCACUUUACAAAAAUGAGUGAUUUACACACAUUUUAACACCCUAUUUUGUAAUAUUUGUAGUUUUAUUUUUCUAUUUUUGGAUAUUAUCUCAUUUUUUGAAGAGGCACUUGAAGGAGGAAACACUCUUUUGUUAACCAUAAAUAUUUUUAUUGUGAUAUUCUGCAAGUACAUUGUUCCAUGGGAUCGGUACUAAAUUUUUGAUCUAUAAAACUACAUGCCAUGGCAAAAUCUGCUUAAAGAGCUUUAAACACACCCCUGGAAUGCCUCAAGACUACAUUAAUCCACUGAAGCAUUCAGACUCAACACAUUACACCUCAACACUUCAGAGGAGCGCUGGACAUUGUGUUUAACCUGUCGACUUUCAUCUGUUUAAAACCAUUAAAACUGUGAUAUGGCAGAUCCGAUGAAUUCUUCAUCCUCAGGUCUAAACUCCAUUGUGUUGUUGAAAGACUCCAACUUAUCAGUCCAGGACUGGACUAAUGAAAAGGACCAUGAGAAGACAGCCUUCAUCUUGCCAUCCCUCCAUCAUCCAUACCUCUCUGCAGCGCAGGGGUUGGUGUAUUGGCAGGAGCCGAAGAAGUCAGCGCUAGUGUUCGGAGGCUCGAUGCUGGUGCUCACGUCUCUAGCCUCGUUCAGUGUUAUCAGUGUCAUAUCGUACCUGCUGCUCGCCCUGCUCUGUGUCACCAUCACUUUCAGAGUCUACAAGUCCGUCGUGCAGGCUGUGCAGAAGUCUGAUGAGGGACACCCUUUUAAAGUUUUGAUGGAAAGAGACAUCAGCAUCUCACCGGACACGGCCCGCAGGUACAUGGACAUAUUUUUGGUGAAAUUAAACACAGCUCUCAUACAGAUAAGAAGACUUGUGCUGGUAGAGGAUGUGGUGGAUUCACUGAAGCUUGCAGUUGUUAUGUGGUUUCUGACAUUUGUGGGUGCUGUCUUCAAUGGUAUUACACUUUUAAUACUUGCUGAUAUCAUCUUGUUCUGCACUCCUCUGCUGUAUGAGAGGAACAAAACCCAGAUUGAUGGUUAUUUGGUGCGUGUUCAGUCUCAGCUUGAAGAGGAACUGGCAAAACUGCAAGACAAACUCCCUGGUCCCUUAAAACGGAGAAAAGCGGAAUGAUGGAUUCCUGUCAUCACAUCAGUGAAUUACAGUAUUCUUUAUAUAUUAGUAAAAAGAAGCCACUGCACUCCAGUCAUGUUGAGUUUCUGUUAAAUCAUUGAAGUUUGUUUGUACAGACAGACUUUACAAACUCAGUGGCAUGUUAUAGAACUGCAGUCCAAUGUGUGACAACGUGACUGCAAUAAACUGAGCUUUGAUGAACAGCUUCCCUGGUUCGUUUCUUCCCUUGUUUGCACAGUAAAGGUUACUCAUUUAAUCCUGCUUCCAAUAGGUCAAAUGUUAAGUAAUGCUUGCUGUACUGGGGAACA